GGGCAUGUUUUGGUAGUUUUCAAAAUAAUGUCUACAUGUACAAGGUUCCAGUUCCUUUUCGAACGCUGUAACCAGGGGCGGAGGAGGGAUCUCAAAGCAGCGGAGGGGCGAAUAGGGGGUCCCCCUCGAUUUACCAAGGGCCCCCUGCGGUGAUGGGCCCGGGGGUAGACGUCCCUCCGCCCUCCUCCGCUACUGACUGUAACCUUGUACCAUGUGACAAAAAGCAUUAAUGGAUCCUCAUUAGCCUAACAACCAGCAGCUACCACUUUCAGAAUAUUACACAACAUUUCGUUACAAGUUACUGGGUAUGUAGAUAGAGUAUCGUUUUAACAAUGAUAAAGAUAAGAGGAAUACGCUACAGUUGUAAAUGUUAAUAUCUGAUGUUGGAAAAGGAAGAACAAGGCAUGCAUAUCACUGCAGUAAAAAAAUCGGAAACGAAACACGGAAUAAAACAAGCACCUUGCACAAUAUUACUAACGCGAUAUACAAAAGAAGGGUUAAAAUGCACACUUUCCUUUUUCUACGUGAUUAAAUUUCAACUCGUGUCUGCAGGCUAGUGUCUGUAACGCCCUGGUGGCGUCAGCCACAGCACCGGCGACACAAACUGGGCGGGGAGGCGCAGGACUGCCGUCCCAUAGCAAGCUUAGCGAGGGCCGGUCACAUGAAACAGCUGUGCCUGACGGAAACUGAGAUCAGAACCGUGUCGACUCGGCGUUCCAGGGGACACACAUGGUUCUGCUCCGCCACAUAUCUAUCGCUUUAACCGCCGCGGUGGCAGCUCUCGGAUCUGCGCUGUUCAUCGCCUGGAGUUACUUCUACAGAAGGCGAAUAUGGUCACCUGAGAUGGACUACUGCGUGUUCAAAGAGGAGCGGGAGAAGGAGCAGCGCAACGAAAAGCAGGUGCUUGUCCUGGGCCUGGACGGAGCCGGCAAAAGCAGCGUUUUGCAGGUCCUUAACGGGACGAGGAGGCCGAGGGGCUGCCGCCCCACCAGAGGCUUCAACUUCAUGAGCAUCAGGACUCCAGGGUGCCAGCUGGACUUCCUGGAGAUUGGUGGCGGUGAAGACCUGCGGAUGUACUGGACAGAGUACCUGAGGAAAACCCAUAUCUUGGUGUAUGUGGUUGACUCCUCUGACCGCCAGCGCCUCCCACUGGCGAAAGAGGAACUGCACAGGCUGCUGACGGCUGCUGAGCAGCUCCCUGUGGUGGUGCUGGGGAACAAACAGGACAAGCCUGACGCUGUCAGCGUCUCGGAGCUCCACGACGCCCUCUCCCUGGAAACAAUCAGGGACGAGAGGAGGGUCUUCCUGCUGACCGCACAGCUGGGCUCAGAGGGCCCGAAUGAGUCGGGAGGGCUGCGGGACUUCCAGGACCUGCUACUGCAGCUGGUUUGACCCGGGGCCCCACCUGAGCAGCCGGUUGGCUGGAGCAGGGUAGGGUAGGAGGAAGAAAGUAAACCCUGAGCAUGUCAGUUCAGCUCCACCAAUCAGAAUAUGGGUCAAUUCUGCUCCACCAAUUAAGAAUAUGGGCCAAUGAAGCUCCACCUCUCUGAAUAUAGACCAGUUCUGGUCCACCAAUCAGAAUAUGGGCCAGUUAAGCAUCACCUAUCAGAAUAUCGGCCAGUUAACCUCCACCUAUCAGAAUAGGGGCUAAAUCAACUCCUCCAAUAAGAUAAUGGUGCCAGAACUUCACUUCUUACAUGUGAUUUGGUAUAAACCUGUCUGAAGGGUUCAAGAGCCCAAUAUCCAAGUACAAGCACAAAUCUGUUGUGGCGUACAAGUUUUGUACAUCGCCUAGGCCAGAAAUUGAAAUUAAGGCCAUGGGUACAGUGAACAUUCCUAUUUCUUCUAAACAUUUUAAUGAUCAAAGUAGUUCUAUGAAACCAGAGAUUAGGCUUCUGCUGUGUCAAGGGUGACCUCCAACGAUAAUUGGAAAAUACUUGGAUAAUUACGAAGCUGUCUCUCAAGUAGAAAUGGUCAAAAAUGUCAACAUUUUGAAGUCAACAUGGAUCUUCCCUUUUUUUUGAUACAAUUAUUGUGCAGGUACCACUCUCACUUACCGGAAGUUCCGUCCAACACCACACAAGAACUUAAGCUGUGGCCUCAGCAAAAUGCGCUGCGGUCAAUCGGAUCAUGUUUACGCACCAUGUAUAUGAAGGUCGAUAAAUCGCAUUGACUUGUGAAUAAGCAAGUUAAGAGUUUUGGUGCCAAGACACCGUUAUUUUAAAAUGUUUCAUUCGCACAAGUCUGUCAUGUCAAUUCACCGAAGUUUUAUUUAAUCGCUAUCUUGCGCUUAAUAGUUUGUGCCGCACACACGCGUCACUUAGACAGCAAAAUUUUUAAACAUGCAUGUUCCGCCAUUAACAGUACGAUGUGGCACUUAGUGUUUUUUUAUAUAUAUAGUUAAGUAGCUGCAAGCAGUAGAAAUGGAAUUACCGAAAAUAAGACGCAAAUUCUUCACGCACAAAGUGCGCUAAACGGGAACGUGGCAGCGGUAAUUUUUCGCGCAUAACCUCCACAUAUAAAAGGCCCAAAGUACGAGGUAAUUCUCAAUUCAGGUAGCUAUGUAUUUAUGAGUGUGACAUUCUUUUUCCCACUCGUGCUGCUAUACCUGUAAUCACACCAUAAUGGGCUGGGUAGUACUGCCUAAAAGUCACAAAAGUAUUUUUGAAAACAUGUAGCAUAGCAUUUUAGCUCCUGGCAAACCUUAAUAGCAUGCAUAUUUAAGCGUGUAAAUAAAGGUCACGGAGAUAUUAAUGUAAUGGUUCUCAGUCUCGUUCCGGGCGCCUCGCCUCCCUUGCCAGAAUGUUUUCAUUCCAACCCCACCUUAAUCAGGCUUAUAUGGUCCUUAAUAGGCCAACAAUUCUGGCAGGGUGUGUGGAAGGGAGGAUGAGAACUACUGCAUUAAUGGGAUCGGUUGCUGAAAAAACGUUAAUAUUCAACUUCCAACCGCACGGAGAAUCCAGGCCGGCCAGUGACCCUGCUGCUCUCCUGCAAUCGCUAACUGUUACGACUGCUACUGACCGUCAAAGGUUCCCCUGCCUUUCAGAUCGAGAAGCUAGUGUUUGUACUUGUUCUGCAUGGGCCUAUUACCCAGCCCUCUUCCAGAAACACUCCUAACUACCACGCGACUGAUCGUUCGAUACUUUAAAACAGGGUAGAGGAAAUUAGUAACUAUUACAAGAGUACUAGCAUAUUUAUUUAUGUAAAAAUCAACAGGAUGCAUUCUCAUGAAGCAUAUAUACAUGUUUCUCAUGUAGGACACAAAGAGAAAAUGUAGAUGAGUCAUAUUCUGGUUUUAAAUGGUGCUGUGUUUGUCAAAUUGAUGAUUGUACAGAGCAUAUGAAAGCCCUUUUAGCUUGAUUCAAAUAAAAAUGUUUGGGGCACAAA